CCGUCUCGCACCCAUCUCUAGAGUCGUAGUUGUUGCACCUGGUUAUUUGUCCGUAAGAUGCGCGUCGGGUCGGUUCUUGGGAGCGUGUACGAAAUCUAAAGUCGUGGGGGCCCCCACAGUAAGGCCUAAUUAGUUUGAGAUCGACCUUUACAAAAAAAAAAAUAUUAAAAGAAAAAUGCUACUGAGCGGCAACGUUUACGUUCGGCGGUUCGCUUAAGCAGCCCCCCUACAUCAUCAUAACACGCACACGUUCCGCGUUCGUUGUUGUGCCGGAGGAGAAGAAGAAGAAGCACAAGAAGAGAUGGCGAAUAUUUUCGUGAAAUGGUGGAAAAAUAAGUUUUUAAACAGCUACAAACAGUUCGCAGAUGCUAGUUAUGGGAAAGUUUCCGACACGGAGGAGCUCCUUGGGGCCGUACGCCACGAUAGCGACAUCGACGACCAAUUAAGAGUCUCCUGUACUACACCCCCGUGCGAUAACAAACCCGAACCAUCCCCGGGCACAUCUAGUCCGUAUCGAUGCCCCUCUUGUCCACGUCAAACCAACAGAAAACUCAACUUCGAACAGUUUUCUUGCGACGUUUCCCUCGAAGACGGCAUCGACAAAUCCGGACAACAAAGACAAGAAUUUUCAUUCACCCUCUACGAUUUUGAUGGAUAUGGCAAGAUUACCAAAGAUGACAUUGCCGGAUUAGUAACAACAAUAUACGAAGCGUUAGGUUCUUCAGUAAAAGUACCCCACUAUGGAAGCAAAACAAUUAGGGUGAAACUAACAGUAUCUCCAGAUCAGCGCAAACACGUAAGCGCAACACUCGUAAACUGUCCAAAACCGGACGAUGACGCAAUAAAACCGGAAAUAAUAAUCCCAGAAGAACCACCGAAACCGUUACAACCCGAAAAAUCUUGCAAUGUUAAAAAAAACCACCACCGAACCCGCACUUCCGGCCUAAAAAAGCGAACUUGCCGGCGUCACCGUUGCUGCGAAAUUCUCGCCAACCGCCAAGCGAAAGAACAAACAGAAUCUGUUAAUGUAUCUGACGACGCCUCCGAAUUUAGCGCAACCGGGGAUAACACCAGCGAGGAAGACCGCGAUUGCUCCGAAUAUCAAUACACAUGUGGCAGGAAUAACACUAAGGAAGGAAAAAAGGGGUCCAAAAAAGUCGAUGGGAAAAAGGAAAUUUCCGAAAACAUCGAAAAAAAUGACAACAAACAAAAAUUAAGAUCAAGCUCAUUACAACGAAAGGAAUUACUCGAAAUCAUCCAAGCUAACAUGAAUAAAAAUAAUUUAGAAGAAGGAACUACACGAAAUCACACAACAACUGAAUCUCAAAACACAAAUACUCGCCAUUUAAAAACAACAUCAAAAUCGAAACGUCACCCAAAAAAAGCAGUUCCAACUCUUCAAUAUUUAGCAAAUAUUAUGGACCCGGCUCAUUUCUACGUUGAUUUAGCGUCGUUUCAUAACGCCACGCAAUUAACAAACAGUAACAUACAAUACGAUAAAUUAAUCGAUGCGGUUAUGUGCGUAUCAAAUAAACGCGUACCGGUUCGAAAAGUACAAGUUUGUCGCAAACACGCCGCCGUUUGUUCGAAUUCGAAUCAAGGUAACGAUAAACCCCAGAAACGUUCGAAACUGUCCGAAUCUGAAUACAAGACGUUUCGGAAGCACACGAAAAAAAUACCGCAAAUCGUGUUAGGGACGACGUCCGCCCCGCAUUAUUUGAGACAUCGUAAUCGGCAAGAAGAUCAAGCUCGGGCGAUGGCUCAAGUUGUUAGGUGGUUAGAACGCGAAUUUUCAUCGAAUUUUUAUACUAAUGAAGAUGGGCAGAAAAAGAAAAAUAAUGCGGCUUCGUCGAAGGAUGGAGCUUCGCCGACGGAAACUCCUACACAGGGUUCUAGCGUGGAAAGGCACGAACAUUAUCAUGUACACGAACAUAUACAUCAUCAUUAUCAUCAUUAUGAAGAAACACCUAUCGUGGUUUAAGAUGUUGAAAAAAUAUAUAUUAGGAAUCUCGACGAAGAAAUCGAUGACAAUAAGUAUUUUUUUUGUCCAUGACUGAAUGUAUCUCUUCCACCGGAAUUGUUCCUAAUCCACUUUUUAAAAACUUUUAAUCUUUAAAUUUGAUUUAUUAACUGAUUUCGUCGAAAACUACAAUACUCAUGGUCAAGAUGUCUCUUUUUGUUUUUUUUUAGUUUAGUAAUUAUAUUAAUCUAAGUAAAUUUGAACUAGUCUCUCUACUAUUUAUUCUCUUAUCGGCACAUUUAGAUAUUAACCGAACGAUGAACGUGUAAAGACUGACUCAUCCUAUUUAUUAUUUUUUAUUAAUUUUUAGAGUAAGCGUUAGGGAUCGUUUGAUAUUGAUUAAUUAAUUAACGUGCCUUUAAUAAUAAUCAAAAGAUUUAAAUAAAAAAAUGAGAAAUCGCGCAAAAACUCACUACCUCUGUACAAUACGUUUUACUUUUUCACGUGAAUAUAUAUUUACUAUAUGUAAAAUCUCUUAAUAAAAAAAUCAAACUGUA